UGAAUGUGAAUAACUGUGACAAAAGUGCAGUCUCUUCCUCGAGCACACGGAAGCUGUUUGUGUGUAAGGCAGGAACGAUUUCAUACGGAUUGAAAGUGUUGACAGAUUUCUUAUUUGAGGAAAACGUAGUGGUUUGCUGCUAGCUUACCUUGGAGGAAAGUGCUCGGCAGUUUGUUUUUAUUGAACAGGAUGAAACAAUCAAAAAGUGCAUCGGAAUUGAUUGACUUGAGCUUUCUGUCUGCUGAGGAAGAGGCAGCCAUCCGACAAGUGCUUCUGAGAGAUGAAGAUUUAAAGCGACUGGACAGUGGACGAGUCAGGAAACUGAGGCAGUCAGUUCCUGACCUUCAAAAGCUGAAGACACUAACAGGUGAGUGGUUUGAAGAUCUCAGAGUCAAGCGAUACGGGCUACAGACGGAUGUCACCGCAGUGGUACGGACCUCCAUGAGAUGGAAGAAAACAGCAGCCCAUAAAACCAACCCUUUCCUGAAUGACAUAGUAGACGAGAACAAAGAGCAUGAAAAGGAGGAGCACAGCACACCUACCAAUCCAUUUGCUGACCCUAGAUUAAUUCAUCCGGCCCUCAGUAAAGAGACUCAUCAUCAACAUACUGAUGAUGACUUUACGGAUGAUGAGGCUUCAUCCACUCCAAGAGUGUCCGAUAGAAAAAUAAAACUUCAAGCAGAAAUUGAUGGCAAUCAUGUCCUCAAUGGCAAUGACCCAAAACACAAUUCAAAAGAAGCACAACCCAAACAGCUCUCUGAUGACCAAAUAACAACCAUUUUCCCCUUCUCAAAAGCAGUUCAAGACACUAAACCCGAAAGAGGCCCUGCAAAACAUGAAACAAAUCGAGAGCCAAGGCGAAAAGUUUCACUCCCUCCAGCGCUACAGAAAGAUCAAUCGUUUGAGGAGAACUGGGUGAAGAUUUCCCUCGAACCGAACGCAGUGAAGCCUGUGCAUGAUGAAAGCAAUAAUGUUGAACCUGAACUAAAAGAGGUAAAAUCACAUGUUGAAAACACAGAGACCCAAGAGAAGCAGAACACAUCAAGUCCGUCUUUAAAUUUCAUGGAUCAGACAUCAUUUCAAAUUGAAUCUCUCGACUCAGACUUUAACCAAGAUGUAUUCUUAGAAAGAUGUUCAUCGAUCAAGUUUCAGAAUCAACCACAGACUUCCAUAGUUUUCACAAGUGAUGGACCAGAAUUUACUAGACACUCAGAUCAUGAAGGUUCAAAGAAGUCUUCUAAUGCUUUCCAAGAUAACAAAGGCAGAGAUCAGCAGUGUUCAGCUGAAUUUAUAGUUAGAGAGUCUGAAACGGAUAAACGGAGUCCCUCAGACUCGACUAAUGCGCAUGAUAAGAGAAGGAUGGUCUCUGGUGAUUUUCCUAAUGAUGAAGCAAGUUCAGACAGGAAGGGAGGUGGAGGAAAAAACGUAAGCACUGGUUUACAUGCCGAGACAGAUGCGAAUCAAAUAGUUGAGGAACAAAUCAAUAAGCAUUCCUCUGCUGAAGAAGCAUUCCAAAGUCAGUCAUUAAAAUGGGAAAUUGAAAUGAGUUCUCAUGAAUUUCCUUCUAACACUCUGCAGGGAAAAGAUGCUUCCACUGAUUCUGGCGAUGACGUCCCAGUCGAGAUCGGAAAGGAUAAAACGUCUAAUAAAAAGGAGCCGUUGUUGCAGAAUAAAACAGCUGAUGUUAGUGUGAAUACGAUAGGAAGUGUCAGUGACAAAACUGUGCAAAGACUUCUUGAUGCCCUUGAAGGUAAAGAAAAAACAAAGUUGGCAAAAGAUCAGAACUUACCAAAAGACACCCACACAAGAAAAUUAAGCCAAGAGCAUCUUUCCGUGAUGGAUGAUGGGAAAUUAGUGCACAUUAAAGAUGCUGGAUUGCAUGUUGACUCUGAACAUAUCGCCAAAUCAUCCAUUGAACCAAUUCAACCAGCUAAAUCUACAAGUGAAGAUGAUGCUGGACUGGGUCAAGGUUCUUCAGAAUUGAAAGAUGACGAGGACAGUCAAAGGGCAAGACUGCCUGUCCUGCAGAAGAUCACUGCACAGGAGCCAAAGCAGGAGAUUAGAGAUGGUACAGUUCCCACAAUAGUCAUUAUACCAUCUAAAUCUCCAGAUCCAACAGAGUUGAAAGGAAGUAAACAUGGGGUGUCCAUUAUAGAAGCUUUACUUGAGGCAUCCACAUGUAAAACGCCUUCCUACACUGCAGAUGCUUGGAAGGAUGAAGGAGUCGAUUCAGAUGACGAUGAUGAUGAUACUUCACUUUCCAGCUAUGGGUCUGAUCUCUCCGGCAGAAAAGGCUAUUCAGCUAGCGCAUUGUCUCUUACUGAUCGCACCAAUAGUUUGCUGAGCGUGUACAGCGACGCAGGGGAUUUUGGGAAUGUUGAGGUGCAGGGCUCUGUGGAGUUUGCAGUGAUGUACAGCCCUGUUGGAGAGCUAAUCAUUAUGAUUGAACAGUGUCAGGAUCUGGCUAUUGCUAAUCCUCGUAAACACCGCACAGACCCUUAUGUGAAGACUUACCUCUAUCCAGAUAAGUCUCGCCGCAGCAAAAGGAAAACUUCUAUUAAGAAACGGACCGUGAAUCCAGUUUUUGUGGAAUCUCUGAGAUACAAAGUGAGGCGCGAAGAGCUUCCGGAAAAGACUCUGAAUCUGUCCGUGUGGCACAAUGACUCCAGGGGCCGAAAUGUGUUCCUGGGGCAGGUUGAGAUUAGUCUUAAGACCUGGGACUGGGGACAUGAAGCCCUCACCUGGUACAACCUACAGUCAACGACUGCAGAGAAUCAAGAAUCGCAAGAGUCUAAUGGAUUUUUGUCAGUUUCACUAAAAUAUGUUCCUCAGGAGUCCACAGGUGGGUCGAAGAACAGCACUGGGGAGAUUCAUGUCUGGCUGCGGGAGGCAACAGAAUUACGUGGCCUUAAGCCUCAGGGAGUGGAUUCUUUUGUUAAGUGCUACAUUUUACCGGACACCAGAAAGAAAAGCCGCCAGAAGACCCGUGUUGUGAAAAAGAGCCAGAACCCUGUGUAUAACCAUGCCAUGGUGUAUGAUGGGUUCAAAGCUGGGGAAGUCAGUGAGGCCUGCUGCGAAUUGACCGUUUGGGAUCACAACAAACUCUCUAAUCAGUUUCUCGGAGGUCUGCGCCUCAGUCUUGGAACAGGGAAGAGCUAUGGAAAGAAAGUUGAUUGGAUGGAUUCACUGAAUGAAGAAGUUCAAAUAUGGAAAAGAAUGUUGGCCAAUCCAAACUGCUGGGUUGAGGGAGAGCUUCCCCUGAGGUCCUCCAUGACCCCGAGGAAAUGAACCUUCUGAUCUUGAAUGUUUAGUUGUGAGAGAAAAACAAUUCUU